AUGCCACCACUUUUAGGUGAUUUGGUGAAUUUGGAGCAAUUGAAUGUGGCACAUAAUAUGCUUUCUAGAACAAUUCCAAAAAGUAUUUGUCAGCUUCCUAAGCUUCAGAAUUUUACAUAUACUUAUAAUUUCUUCACGGGUGAACCGCCGGUGUAUUUGGGGUUGCCAGAGUUUCAUGAUGAACGGAAUUGUUUGCCCAAAAUACCGGUGCAACGGUCUCCGGGACAGUAUAAGGCGUUUUUGUCUAAAAAAAUUCAUUGUAGUGCUUUUAGGUGUCAUAAAUUUGUUCCUGUUUUGCCAUCUCCACCACCACUUUCACCGCCGUUGCCUGCCCCUCCUUCGCCUGUUGUGGUGCCUAUUUUUCCUCCUCCGCCACCUGUUUAUUCACCUCCGCCACCAAUUUAUACUCCUCCUUCACCUUCACCACCACCUCCUCCACCUCCAAUUUAUUCACCACCGCCACCACCACCCUUUCCACCUCCUUCACCACCAGUCUAUUCACUGCCACUACCAACUCCAUCUCCUCCUCCACCACUACCACCAUCACCUCCACCACCUAGACUGGGGGCUUGGAUUGAGGUCUUGAAAAGCGUGAAACGCAGUAAGGACAUUGAUAAACUAUAA